AUGCAUGACUUAGGACCAAUACAGAUGCCGGUUCACAUAUCAGAGGUUAUCCCAGCUUCUUCAUCCGCAGCUCCAGAGACAGCAAUUCGGGUCACUAUGAAACGACGAUCGUUGAAAUGCAGGACCUGUCAAUUUGUUCAGCGUCACGGCCUGCGAUGA